GUGGGAUUUGUUAGAAGUGUUGGACUGAAUUUUUCUGCUUUCUCUCACAAAUUCCACCCUCCCAUUUUUAUGUUGCGUCAUAGUCAAAGUUCACAACUUUCAUAACUAUUCAUUCGGGCAAGUUGAAUUUGUGUUGAAAUGUUGAAUCAUAAGUAUGAGGAGGCUCUGAGCAAUCAGAUAAUGAUUAUUGAGAGCCUUCAAAAUGAAAUUGAGUGCAAGAAUCACAAGUUAAUGGAGAUGGAGCAUAAACAUAGUGAGACACUUGCUUUUGUGCGCAAACUCGUUAUAGGGCUUGUGGAGAAUAUUAAUUCCAAAGAAAGAAGUCUGCUUGAAAUGGAAUGCAAGUAUCAUGAAUCAUUGAACACGGUUCAGAUGAAUUUGACGAACAAGAGAGAAAAGUUGCACGAGGAAUGUCAUAAAGAUUUACAAAUGAUGAAGAACAUCAACGCUAAUAUGAAUCAUGACAUGGAAUGUCUAAAGAAAGAGAAUAAGCAGCUUACCAAGGAUCUGGGGGAGAGUAAAGCCCUAAAUGACCAACAGCAGAAGAACUUUAUUGGGGAGAUUGAAAAGCUAAAAAGAGUGAUAGGAGAUCAGAGUCAUGUAGGAAGUGAUGGCCAUUUGAACACUCAAAUUUCUACUUUUAAAAACCAAUUGAAGGACAAAAUGGAAUACUUGGAGCUUGUAGAAAACCUUUACAGUUCACUUGUGGUUAAAGAGCACCAGUAUAGACAAGAACUAUAUGAUGCUCGUAAAGAAUCCAUAAAUAGUUUACGAGAUAUGUUUAGAGUUAGAUCUCAACUUGGAAUCAAAAGAAUGGGAGAAUUAGAUCCAAAACCUUUUCAAGAUUUGUGCCUGCAAAAGUACUCAGGUGAGCAAUGGCAGGAGAUAUCUGCUAAUUUAUGUUCAUCCUGGGAAGAGAAUAUGAAGGAUCCAACUUGGCAUCCUUUCAAAAAAAUUGAGGUCAAUGGCAUCUUACAGGAAAUAUUAGAUGAAAACGACGAAAAAUUGAAAGGUCUAAGAAGUGAAUGUGGUGAAGUGGUAUACAAGGCUGUAACAAAUGCAUUAAUGGAAAUAGAAGAAUACAAUUCAAGUGGAAGAUAUGCAAUUGCUGAAAUUUGGAACUGGAAGGAGAGAAGGAAAGCCACUCUGAAAGAAAUUUUUCAAUAUAUUAUCAGACAAUUGAAGACUCACAAGCGCAAAAGAAAGUAGAACAUAUUUUUCUUAGGUUUGGUUGUACUU